CGUCACAACCAGCUCCACUCGAGCCCCACUGUUAUUUUUGCAGCUCCAGCGAUUUUUCCUCGCACUCUCAACGACUUCGCAGGCCAAAUUUGCGUGUGUCGCCAUUACUGUUCGUAGUCGAAAAAUUCUCGAAAUUUUCCGUGGUUUUUCAAGGUAGAGAGGCGUAAAAAAAAUUCAGAAUGAACGCCCAGCAAGCUCAGCGGGAACAUGUCCUCGCCGUCUCCCGGGACUUUAUUUCCCAGCCUCGCCUGACCUACAAGACGGUGUCCGGUGUCAACGGACCUCUGGUUAUUCUCGAUGAAGUCAAGUUCCCCAAGUUCGCCGAGAUCGUCCAGCUUCGUCUGGCUGACGGAACGGUGCGCUCUGGCCAGGUCCUUGAGGUGAGCGGCUCCAAGGCUGUCGUCCAGGUGUUCGAGGGCACCUCUGGCAUUGAUGCCAAGAACACGCUCUGCGAGUUCACCGGCGACAUUCUGCGCACCCCCGUGUCCGAGGACAUGUUGGGCCGUGUGUUCAACGGCUCCGGAAAGCCCAUCGACAAGGGACCUCCAAUCCUCGCCGAGGACUUUUUGGACAUCCAGGGACAGCCCAUCAACCCCUGGUCCCGUAUUUACCCCGAGGAAAUGAUCCAGACCGGUAUCUCGGCCAUUGAUGUGAUGAACUCUAUUGCCCGUGGUCAGAAGAUCCCCAUCUUCUCUGCUGCUGGUCUGCCCCACAACGAAAUCGCUGCCCAGAUCUGUCGUCAGGCCGGUCUCGUCAAGCUGCCCGGAAAGUCGGUGCUGGAUGACCACACCGACAACUUCGCCAUCGUGUUCGCUGCUAUGGGUGUCAACAUGGAGACGGCCCGUUUCUUCAAGCAGGAUUUCGAGGAGAACGGUUCCAUGGAGAACGUGUGCUUGUUCUUGAACUUGGCCAACGAUCCGACCAUCGAGCGUAUCAUCACCCCCCGUCUGGCUCUGACCGCCGCCGAGUUCUUGGCCUACCAGUGCGAGAAGCACGUGCUGGUCAUCCUUACCGACAUGUCCUCCUACGCCGAGGCCCUGCGUGAGGUGUCCGCUGCCCGUGAGGAGGUGCCCGGCCGUCGUGGUUUCCCCGGUUACAUGUACACCGAUUUGGCCACCAUCUACGAGCGUGCCGGUCGUGUGGAGGGUCGCAACGGCUCCAUCACCCAGAUCCCCAUUCUUACUAUGCCCAACGACGAUAUUACCCAUCCAAUUCCCGAUUUGACCGGUUAUAUUACCGAGGGUCAGAUCUACGUCGAUCGUCAGCUGCACAACAGACAGAUCUAUCCUCCAGUCAACGUGCUGCCAUCGCUGUCUCGUCUGAUGAAGUCCGCCAUUGGCGAGGGCAUGACCCGCAAGGACCACUCUGAUGUGUCCAACCAGCUGUACGCUUGCUACGCCAUCGGCAAGGAUGUGCAGGCCAUGAAGGCUGUGGUGGGUGAGGAGGCUCUGACGCCCGAUGAUCUUCUGUACUUGGAGUUCUUGACCAAGUUCGAGAAGAACUUCAUCUCGCAGGGUAACUACGAGAACCGCACUGUCUUUGAAUCCCUGGACAUCGGCUGGCAGCUGCUGCGUAUCUUCCCCAAGGAGAUGCUGAAGCGUAUUCCGGCCUCCAUCCUGGCCGAAUUCUACCCUAGGGACUCGCGCCAUUAGAUCCUGUUUAUUGUUUUGUUUUUGAUUUUUGUCCAAAAUUUUGUUUCAUUCAUAAUUUAAGCUGGCGGUGGCGCAUCGUGCGGCGCGUCUCCACCACCUGCAAUAUCCGCUGUGUAUGCGUCUAUAUAUACAUAAACCACAAUACAAACACAAAAUAUCUUACCUGCGUCGAGAUCCUGGAUUUGUGUAUCGCAGGGCACCGCCACGUAGCAUAAAAAAAGAAAGCCUAGUUGAAUAUUGUCCAAACGAGCAAACCUACUCUAAUAAUGUGCGUGUUUUUAGUAUUGAAAUCGUGGUCAGAUUACCGUCUUGCAAUGUACAUAAAUUGAAUUGCUUCUUAAUUGUCGUAUUGUCGUUAUUCCCGCCAACACACUGUCCUGAAAUUUCAUUUUGUUAAAGUUUACUAUUUUUGUUAGGUUUUAAGUGUGAGCUCUUUUAAUUGUUUAUAAAUUAUCUAAUCAUUUUCGCAUAAAGAAUCGUAGCAUUCCAACAAAAAUUAAUCAAUUGCCUCCUUGUGUUUGCUCUCCCCGAUCGUUUCUUUUUCGUUUGUUCUUACGUUAGACGUUACACCAGUUCGCACAAGUAUUACAACUCCCCGCCCCUGUUUUCCGGUCUCCGUUCAAUCCCUGUCCCGGCCCAUGUCCUUGCACCGAUCCUUGUGAAAAAUUUGUACAGCAACUCAACUAAACAGUGGAAUAUUAAGUGCAAAAUCAAUGCUUUAAUGCAACAAACAUUUUUAAAUGAUAGAUGAAAGAAGAACCUAAAAAAGUAUGAAGAUCUAUAAUUGUUUCCUUGUCUCUAAAUUAAUGGAUAUUACAUAAAGUUGCGUAAUUAAUAUAUAUAUUUGUUUGUUGUCUCUGGUCACAAGAGUGAGAGGGGUUCCGGUUCCAUGUUCUAUGAUACGGCCCAAUCAUUUCAGCAACGACAACUUAAUUAUCAUGAACACAGUAUAACAAUAAAUGUUGAACUAAUAUGUAUUUAAUGAAAGUAAAUAGUUCAUGUAUAUGUAUGUAUAAAUUAUAGAACAUUUAAAUGAUGAAUAAACUACACACCAAAUCAUGUUAAAUCAAA